UGGGCACCGACUCACCAGGAGGCCCCGCUUGUCUGCUCCUCUGUGACGCUCCGCCGAGAUGCAGAUGUUCUCUGCCCUAUUUACCCUUUUGGCAAUCGUGCUUUACGCGCGGGGAGCACCACUGUCGGGAAACAAAACAGAGCCUCACCUCGUAGCGAGGAGCUUUGGGCUGACUGUCUCCGGAAAUUCUUACGUCGUGGACACCGCCGGUGGCCUCGUUUUCACCGUCAAUAAUCAGAACUGCGACAUAACAUCUUUGAACUACAAUGGCAUCGAGGCUCAGGACCAGAGUAAAUACUCUCAGAUUUCCUCUGGGCUUGGCUCCGCCACAGUGUCCUGGACGAAGAUCGGUAAUUACAUCAAAAUUACCUGCGAGACAAGCACCUUGACGCAGUAUAUUGUCGCUCAGUACAAGACUGCCGCAGUCCACAUGGCUACUUACACCACUGCGGAGCCCUCGGUGGGCGAACUCAGAUUCAUCGCCCGCCUCAACCGCGCUACGGUUACCACUGGUCCGACCCAAUCCGAUAUCAAGGGCGGCACUGCUAUCGAAGGCUCGGACGUUUUCGAGGUCGGCAGCCAGACUCGGAGUAAAUUCUAUUCCUCCAAACGAUUCAUCGAAGAUCAAGUACAUGGCGCCACUGGGAGUGGUAUCGGUGUAUUCAUGAUCAUACCUGGAUACAGCUAUGAAACUUCAUCCGGUGGACCUUUCUUCAGAGACAUUGACAACCAAGGCGGCGACCAGCAAGAAGUCUACUUCUACAUGAACUCCGGACAUGUACAAACUGAGGACUACCGACAGGGCUUGCACGGCCCUUACCUGUUGCAAUUCACCUCCGGGUCUACGCCUUCUACUGCUGUUGACCUCGAUUUUUGGGAAGGAUUAGACAUAAAGGGUCAGACCACCUUCGCGAACCGCGGAUACGUCAAAGGGACUGCAACCGGCGUACAGAGCGGCUUGCCCAUCGUACUCGGCUGGGCAAACUCCGCUGCUCAGUAUUGGGUGCAAGCGGACUCGAGCGGCGGGUUCACGUCGCCGAAGAUGAAACCCGGAACGUACACGCAGACGCUGUAUCAGGGAGAACUGGCUGUCGCUACUUUUAGCGUCACGGUUCAGGUUGGGAAGACGGUUACGGCCAAUAUUGCCAGUACUCUGGCAUCGCACAGUCCGAUAUUCCAGUUCGGAGAUUAUGACGGGACGCCGAAGGGUAUGCUGAAUGCCGACAUGAUUGAGACCAUGCACCCUUCUGAUGGCCGUAUGCACGAUUGGGUCAGAACUGUCACUAUUUCACAAGGCACAGGGUAUUUCCCCAUGGCAGUGUUCAAAGACAUUGGGACCGUCACUAUCAGCGCGACCCUAACGAGCUCGCAGCUCGGGGCGAGGACUCUACUUAUUGGUACCACACUCGCGUUCGCCGGCGGUCGACCGCAUGUGAAGGUGAACGACUGGGAUGGCCCCAACCCUGGGGCUCCCAGCCAACCGGAUUCGAGGGGGGUUACUCGAGGCACUUGGAGAGGAAAUAACAUCGCUUACACCGUUAGCAUUCCCGAUGGCGUCCUCGUGAAAGGCUCGAACACCAUUAUCAUCUCCGUCAUUUCAGGCUCAUCUGGCAGCCAGUACCUGUCCCCCAACUUUGUCUUCGACACCGUAAUGCUCUACUGAGGUUUUGAAGGCCACUUUGUUUUUGUUCAUGUGUCGUUGUACGGACUCCGCGGUCCCUUCUUUUUCGCCUGCAUAUUUG